AUGGCAGACAGUAUCAAGAACAUAGGCGAGGUCACCCAAGACGCCCACGUGGCCACCGAGUUCGAAAAGAAGAUGACCUUCGCCCAAGCCAUUCGCAUGUAUCCCAAGGCCACCAUGUUCUCGUUCGUCUUGUCCUUGUCUCUCAUCAUGGAAGGCUAUGAUACUGCCUUGCUGGGAGGCUUCUUCGGCUAUCCGUCAUUCCAAAAGCGAUUUGGAAAGCCGGUCGGUGAUGGCACGUACCAGUUGACUGCUUCGUGGCAGUCAGGUCUGCAGAAUGGCGUCCAGAUUGGCGAAAUCAUUGGACUCUGGGUGGCUGGAUUUCUUGCAGAGCGUUAUGGAUACAAGAAAACUAUGCUUGGAGCGCUGGUCAUGAUGAUUGGGGUCAUCUUCAUGAUGUUCUUCGCACAGAGCAUUGGAAUGCUCUUCGCAGGCGAAAUUCUCUGCGGCCUGCCCUGGGGAGCCUUUCAGACCUUGACGACGAAAUACGCUGCGGAUAUCUCACCGCCGGUACUGCGGCCGAUACUGACGACUUGGAACAAUGCCUGUUGGGUGAUAGGUCAAACAAUUUCCACGGGUGUGCUUCGCGGCCUGCUGAACCGUACCGAUCAAUGGGGAUGGCGUAUACCUUAUGCUACUCAGUGGGUGUGGCCAAUUCCAAUCAUAAUUGGAGUCCUUCUGGCACCAGAGUCGCCAUGGUGGUUGGUACGACAUGACCGUAUCGACGAGGCAAAGAAGGCCUUGCAAAGCUUGGUCUCCAAGGCGAACACCGACUACGACGUCGACCGAAACAUUGCAAUGAUCAUCCACACCAACGCACACGAGAAGGCCGUCAGCUCAGGGACUUCAUACAAAGAGUGCUUCAAGGGGACCGAUCGACGCCGUACUGAGAUCGCUUGUGCUGUUUGGAUCAUCCAAGUCACUUGUGGUACCUGGUUCGGAGGAAGUGUCACUUACUUCAUGGAGCAAGCUGGCCUCGAUCCCGUUCAGUCAUUCGAUCUCGGAAUCGGGCACAAUCUGAUGGGCCUUGCGGGAACACUUGCAGCCUGGUGGAUACUUCAAUAUGUCGGCCGCCGAUCGUUGUACCUCUGGGGCCUUUUCGUCAUGUUCUGGAUUCUGGUAAUUGUCGGCUUUAUGGGAAUUCCAGCAUUGUCUGAAGCAAUUGCCUACGCAACAGGAGCCUUGAUGUUCAUCUUCACUUUCGCGUACGGCAUCACCGUUGGACCGGUGUGCUAUUGCCUGGUAGCCGAGAUGCCUUCAACACGGCUGAGAAUAAAGACCGUGGCCUUGGCUAGGAAUUGCUUCAACAUUGUAUCAAUCGCAGCUAACCAGCUCCAGAAUCCCUUGUUAAAUCCUACGGCUUGGAAUCUUCGAGGCAAGGGUGGUUUUGUGUGGUGUGGUUUCGCUCUGCUGUCGUGGGUGUGGACAUACUAUCGGUUGCCGGAAACGAAGGGCCUGAGCCCAGGAGAGAUGGAUGUGUUGUUCGAACAAAAGGUUCCUGCUCGGAAGUUCCAUUCUGUGAAGGUCGACGAGUUCCGUGCAGAUCAUUUGAAGGUGGACUGCUCGACGGACGUGUUGGUGUCCACGGUUAAGCUUGAGUGA